GGUUUAAUACUCGAACAAAGACAAAAACUCCACUCACAUAUACUCCUUUGCCUGAUCACAGGUUCAAAGAAGGAAAAUGGAGAGAAGGGAAGAGGAAAAUGGAAAAUUGGAAGAAACCCAGCCCUCCACUGAUGGUUCCAUUUGCGGGUUCCAAUCUCUUCAUCACCUCCUCAAAGCUUCUCUCCAACCCCACCUCUAUCAGGAAGUUAGCAGACUACUUCUGGGCCUGAACUGUGGAAAACCACUUGAAAACAUUGCUCUACCAGAGUCUGCUAAGGCGCUCUCUUUGGAGCAUGGUUUCGAUCUUCAGGCUUACUGCUUUCAUGCUGAUAAAGAGCAACUGAGAGAGAGCCGAAUAGUUAGAGUUGGUCUUAUUCAGAACUCUAUUGCUAGUCCAACUACAGCACCCUUUUUGGACCAAAGAGGGGCCAUCUUUGAGAAACUGAAGCCCAUCAUUGAUGCAGCUGGUGCUUCAGGAGUACACAUAUUAUGCUUGCAAGAGGCAUGGACAAUGCCCUUUGCAUUUUGUACUCGAGAGAAGAGGUGGAGUGAAUUUGCUGAGCCUGUUGAUGGAGAAUCAACACAAUUUCUUCAGGAUCUUGCCCAGAAAUAUAACAUGGUCAUAGUGAGUCCAAUUCUCGAGAGGGAUGUUAAACAUGGAGAAACUAUCUGGAAUACUGCUGUUAUAAUUGGAAACAAUGGAAACAUCAUUGGCAAGCAUCGGAAGAACCAUAUACCUCGGGUUGGUGACUUCAAUGAGAGCACCUAUUAUAUGGAAGGGAACACUGGGCAUCCUGUGUUUGAAACAGCGUUUGGAAAGAUAGCCAUUAAUAUAUGUUAUGGAAGGCACCAUCCUUUGAAUUGGUUAGCUUUUGGCUUGAAUGGUGCAGAAAUUGUUUUCAACCCCUCAGCUACCGUUGGCGAACUCAGUGAACCAAUGUGGCCUAUUGAGGCACGCAAUGCUGCAAUAGCAAAUAGUUACUUUGUUGCGUCAAUCAAUCGCGUUGGGACUGAGAUCUUCCCCAAUCCAUUCACUUCUGGCGAUGGGAAGCCUCAGCAUGCAGAUUUUGGGCAUUUCUAUGGAUCCAGCCAUUUUUCAGCACCAGAUGCAUCUUGCACACCGUCUCUCUCCCGUUACCAGGAUGGCUUGUUGAUAUCAGACAUGGACCUGAACCUCUGUAGGCAGCUGAAAGACAAGUGGGGAUUCCGAAUGACUUCUCGGUAUGAAAUGUAUGCAGAAUUGCUUGCACGGUACAUCAAACCGGACUUCGAGCCCCAAGUAGUUUCUGAUCCCUCGUUGCAUAAGAAGUCUUCAUAGAUUCCCAGGUAUAAAUUCAGCUUCAAAUCUGAAACUAAUAAAUAUAACUGAAAUUUGAACUUGAACAAUCUCUCAACCCCAUCUGGAAAAUAACCAAAUAAGUUUGAUUUGAGGCGUAUGACAAGUUAUUUUUUUAUUUUAUUUUUAUUUUUUUUUGUUUUUUGUUUUUCUGGUUAGCAAUCCUCCUCCUGGAUGCCUUGGUAUAUAAACUAUGUUGAACUUGGAUGAUAUGCAUCCACUGGAAAAAAAAUAAAAAUAAAUAAAACAUGAAGAAUAUUUCCAUAAUACAAA